GAGGGGGAGACGCAAGAUGGCGGCAGCCGUGAACUCCGGCUCCAGCCUCCCGCUGUUCGACUGCCCGACUUGGGCAGGUAAACCGCCACCUGGCUUACAUCUGGACGUAGUGAAAGGAGACAAGCUGAUUGAGAAGCUGAUUAUUGAUGAGAAGAAGUAUUACUUAUUUGGGAGGAACCCUGAUCUGUGUGACUUUACUAUCGACCACCAGUCCUGCUCUCGGGUCCACGCAGCACUGGUGUACCACAAGCACCUGAAGAGAGUUUUCUUGAUAGAUCUCAACAGCACUCAUGGCACUUUUUUGGGUCACAUUCGGCUGGAACCUCACAAGCCUCAACAGAUUCCCAUUGAUUCUACGGUCUCAUUUGGUGCCUCCACGAGGGCAUACACUCUGCGAGAGAAGCCUCAGACAUUGCCAUCGGCUGUGAAAGGAGAUGAGAAGAUGGGCGGAGAGGACGACGAGCUUAAGGGCUUGUUGGGACUUCCCGAAGAGGAGACCGAGCUGGAUAACCUGACAGAGUUCAACACUGCCCACAACAAGCGGAUUUCAACCCUCACUAUUGAGGAGGGAAAUCUGGACAUUCAGAGACCAAAGAGGAAGAGGAAGAACUCCAGGGUGACCUUCAGUGAGGAUGAUGAGAUCAUCAACCCAGAGGACGUGGAUCCGUCUGUUGGUCGAUUUCGGAACAUGGUGCAGACUGCGGUGGUUCCAGUCAAGAAGAAGCGGAUGGAGGGCUCUGGCUCUCUAGGCCUGGAGGAAUCAGGAAGCAGGCGCAUGCAGAACUUUGCCUUCAGCGGAGGACUAUACGGGGGCCUGCCCCCCACACACAGUGAAACAGGCUCCCAACCGCAUGGCAUUCAUGGGACAGCGCUCAUUGGUGGCUUGCCCAUGCCAUACCCAAACCUCGCCCCUGAUGUGGACUUGACUCCUGUUGUGCCAUCAGCAGUGACCAUAAAUCCAACACCAAACCCCGCAGUCUAUAACCCUGAAGCUGUAAAUGAACCCAAGAAGAAGAAAUACGCGAAGGAAGCUUGGCCGGGCAAGAAGCCCACACCUUCCUUACUGAUUUGAUAUUUUUGGUUAUGGAGAGGGUGGGGAGGGCUGGGGAGGGGUGGAGGGGUGACAAAGGGGAGCUACUGAACUAGGGAGAAAACUUUCCAUGUGUGCAGUAUCGUCUUUCAGAAAGUCUCCUGAGGUCCUAACCAUGUAAUACUGAGACUAGGGGUGGGGCUAAAGUCCCAGUGAAGACCUGAGUCAGAACACUUCAAGUGUAGAGAAAGGCUUCCCAGGCCCUUCUGAGCAGACAGUCCUGACCCCCUGUGCCCCCACUAGGACCAUUUAUGUGAAGUCGCUCACGGCUGGAAUCCAGAGUUAUGGAGGGGUGGGAGCCUCCUUUGUAUUCCCUUCCCUUUCCUGUGAGACCCAGGUAACAGGGUGGUUGCCAUGAAUGCCAGGCUGGUUGACACUGUUCAUUUAAAUCACAGGGUAAACAAAUGUCCUCUUGUGCCCGUGGUUUUGAGGUCUAAUAGGCCUUUCUCUGUCCUGUCUGGUGACAUAAGGCCAUUUUGAGUUCCCCUCAUCUGUAGCCAGUGUCACAGGACAGGCUGAUGGGUUUGUAUAGUAUUGUUGGACUUCGUUUAGUUCCAGUGCAGCUCCUCCCUGUGGCCUCACUGUGUUUGCUAUGAAGCCAUUCCUUAAAGAGUGACCAGCUGGGGCGGUUCCUGGUGAACAGGUGGACGACUUUUCAAGGACCAGGUGUGUGUUAGAACAUGCUCAGCUGUUGGUUUGGAGGCUCCCCUGACACCCCCCCCCCCCCAUGGAGCGCUCUGGUUAUUCAGACCUCCAGAAUAGACCUGGCUAGCAGGAGACAAGGUAGGAACCCUUGUACGAGCUUUGUACAGACUUGUACAUUUGUGUAAUAGGCCUUUUCUGCUUUAAGUGUAGCUUUUUACCUGUAACCUUUAUUACAUUGUAAAUUAAAUGUAACUUUUGUCAUUUG